AAGUCAGGACGGACCAAGAAGGAGCAGAAAAGCAAGAUGAAUGAUGUGAAACUUGCUGUCUUGGGUGGUGAAGGAACGGGCAAAUCUGCCCUUACAGUAAGGUUUCUUACCAAGCGAUUUAUUGGAGAAUAUGCUUCUAAUUUUGAAUCUAUCUAUAAAAAGCAUUUGUAUUUGGAAGGGAAGCAAUUGAAUCUAGAAAUAUACGACUCUUGUUCUCAGCCACAGAAAGCAAAAUUUUCCCUCACAAGUGAGCUGCAUUGGGCAGAUGGGUUUGUUAUUGUGUAUGACAUCAGUGACAGGUCUUCGUUUGCUUUUGCAAAAGCACUAAUCUACAGAAUUCGGGAGCCACAGACUAGUCAUUGUAAAAGAGCUGUGGAAUCAGCUGUGCUUUUGGUGGGUAACAAGCAAGAUCUCUGUCAUGUGCGAGAGGUUGGCUGGGAAGAAGGGCAAAAGCUGGCACUGGAUAACCGGUGCCAAUUCUGUGAACUGUCUGCAGCAGAGCAGUCUCUGGAGGUGGAAGUGAUGUUUAUCAGAAUUAUCAAGGGCAUCCUGACAAACUUCAAACUCAAAGAAAAGAGAAGACCCAGUGGAUCUAAAUCCAUGGCCAAACUGAUCAAUAAUGUAUUUGGAAAGAGAAGGAAAUCUGUUUAAUUGACAUGUGAUCCUAAGGGAUUUUUAUUAUAUCAGAGAGUUUCAAACGUUUGUAUGGUAAUUAAAUUUAGCCUUUGUAUGCAAUUAAAAAAUUCUCUUAGAGAUAUGAAAUAAUUGA